GCAAACGCAAUACCCGAAGAUACCGUCUUCCACACCGGCACUUUGGAGGCCGAAGGCAUUCUGCGACCGUCUGCGAUUUCCCAGGUCUUCUCGUUGCUGAGCCAGGGACUUGCUUCAGACAGUCCUGUCUCUGAUGCGGAGACCGUUCGCCUGGUGCGCUUGACGAGCUUGGUGGUGGUUCGAUGCCGUCACCGCGAGGUGGUUCAGGGCAACUUGCCUUCCUUGCUGCUCUCUAUGAGCCUGUCUCCGCGCACGGACGUUCGUGAGGUUGCGUGGUCGCUCAUCAAGCUGCUUCGGACGCAGGCGCACGAGGCAGAGGAAGCUGCUCAG